UACAACUUACCUUCACACCUAACGCUAAAAUGGAGACCCGAAAAUAUCGAAAAAACAAAACCACAGAACUUUUCCACAAAAUGGACAAAGCUAUCUUCAUUUGCAGCGGCAUGAACUUCUGGGUAGAUGAUAACGGUAUACCGGAGCUGGUCUUGAAUGCGUACAAGAGAAUUUACAAAGUUAUAAACGUAGCGGUUGUUCUGUUCAUGGUGGCAGAGAUAGGGUCGUUCUUCACUCAAAACAAUCUGACGGAGAAGCAGAGAUCUAACCGCUUUCUGAUGACGUUUUCACACAUUGUUCUGUACGCUUUCACACUCUCUCUGAGCCACCAUAAGGAAACUGUGACGGAGAUAUUGUUUACGUUGGCUGUAUGUUUGAAGAAGGAUUUCAACGAUGAGGAGACGGAGAGGCUGAUGCUGAAACGCACCAGAUUCUACGCGUGUGCGCUUGUGGGUCUUUGCUAUACCGCGCUGGUAUUUUACGGCGUUGAAGGAUUAACUCAGGUAUUGUUUUCAGAUGGAACGUUCGUCACAGUUAUAACCAUCUGGCCCGAGGUCCACGACCAAUCACACCUCGCCGGAGUCGCCCGCGUCGGCAUCUACUUUCUCUGGUGGCUAUGGAUGAUCCGAGCCACCACCGCCUAUCUCCUAGUCCUUACUGUCACCGUCUCCCUCAGCCAUCAGUACACGAACCUGCAGAUGUACUUUAAGAGUAUCGCGGGAGUGUUUGAUGAGAGGAUCAGUCAGAGUGAGAAGGAAGAGAAGUUUGAGAGAGCUCUUAAGCUUGGUAUAAGAUUGCAUGCUACCACCAUUUGGUGCACGCAACAAGUGCAGAGAACUUGCGGAAACGUGUUCAGCGGACACAUCAUCGUGAACAUCGGCGUGCUUGUGCUACUCAUGUCGCAGUUUAAGAAUUCCGAUCGUGCCCUGAUUCACGUUUUGCCUGCAGCAGCUACCUUCGCGAGCAUGAUGUUCAGCACUGGAGUCAUUAUGUUGAGCGCAGGAGACAUCACAGUUGAGGCAGGGAAUUUACCGACGGCCAUCUUUCUGUCAGGGUGGCAGAAUAACACGAACAUGUAUUCUUACCGAAUUCGGCGAAUGAUGCUGAUUGCACUGGCCCAAAGUCAGAAACCUGUCAUCAUCAAGAGUUGCGGAUUCAUAGGACUCUCUUAUCAAUCGUAUUUAUCGAUCGUGAAGACAUCGUACUCCAUAUUCUCAGUUUUGUAUUAAUAAAAGGAAGAUUAACCUUUUAACCGC